AUGGAGCUGAUUGGAUCCACUUUGACAGCCACUUAUACUCGGCCAAAAACCAGCCACUUCCUCCCUGCCAUCUCCACUAUGGCAUCCAGCUAUCGUAACACCCUGCCAGCCAUGGCCAUGAAUUCCAGUGCCAAUAUGUGGAGAACCAACAGCUAUUUCAAGGGCAGCAACAUUGUCCCAUCUCCACCUUCCAUGCAGAGAGAAAAUUUCGAUCUGGUUCGAGCCAAGACUACGUUCUACCCCUCUAACAGGAGUGCGCUGACCACCCGAUAUACCCCUGAUGACUGGUACAAGUCCAACCACAGCAACUACAGGGAAUCAGAGUCUUCCCGGAAAAGCGCAGAGCGACUGAGAAAAGACACAAUCAGGCUGAUGCAGAAUAAAGAGCAGCUCACGAGACGAACACAGGAGAAUACCAGCAAGAACCUCGCUGAGAGGGUCAACGACAUUGUCUUCUGGAGGUCUGAGCUGAGCCAUGAGAUUGACAACAUGGUGACAGAGAUAGCAGCUCUCAGCGAGGUCAAAAGGAGGUUGGAGAGAGCCUUGGCUGAGACUGAAGGGCCCCUUCAGGUGUCUCAAGAGUGUUUGUACCACAGAGAGAAGCGGAUGUCCAUUGAUCUGGUACAUGAUGACGUAGAAAAAGACCUAAUAAAGGAAGUAGAAGUAAUAAAGUCAUGCCAGGAGAGGAUGAGGCGCCAUCUGGACAGAGCCAUCGCACAGCUGGCGUCAAACCGAGCAGCCCAGCAUGAACUGGAAAAAGACAUGAGUGACAAAGUGUCCGCUCAGAGGAUAGACGACAGGUGCCACUAUAUGAGGAAUACAUCAGAUGGUAUUGGCUAUUACAGAGGGAUUGACAGAAUAGAUCAUGCCGUCUCUCUGCCGGACUCGUGGUCCAAGUUCACAGAUGACAACAUCCUGCAAUCCCAAAGCGAACGAGCUGCCUCCCACAAACUCAGGGAUGAGAUUGAAAUCUUGCUGAACACCACGUCCAACGAAAUGUGGAACCAGUUCAACAAUGUCAAUGUUGCCUUUACCAACCGCUUAGCAGAAACAGUUGAUGCCAAGAACAGCCUGCAGGGACAUCUGGCUAAGACUUUGCAGGAGAUCUUCCAGACUGAGAUGCUGAUUGAGUCUCUGAAAAAGGCCCUCAGAGACAAGGAGUGUCCACUGAAAGUGGCCCAGACCAGGCUGGAAGAGAGGACUCGCAGGCCUAACAUAGAACUCUGCAGAGACAACCCCCACCACAGACUUGUGAGUGAGGUGAGAGAGAUCGAGGAUACCAUCCAUUAUCUUAAGGAGAGGUUAAUGGAGGCUGAAAACACUCUGCAGACUCUGGUCAAGACCAAAGUAACCCUGGAACAUGACCUGUCCAUCAAGGCUAACUCUCUCUUCUUGGACCAGGAGAAGUGCAUGAGCAUGCGCAAGAGUUUUCCCAGCAUGCCCCGUCUGGUGGGCUACACCUAA